UCCGGGUUGUCAAACGACCUAGUUGCAUCUCUAUAAUAUACAUCAUGUUGACGAUGUAAAAAGUAAACAUUGCGUCUAUAUCCUGUUGGAGUGUUUACCUCAGUCGGCCAGCGUCAUGACGUCAUGACGUCCUUUUGGAUUGUUUAUUGUGUGAGCGUGGAGGGGCGCUAAUGGAGCUGCCUGGUUGUCAACACUUUUUCACCGUAAUGGCAAGAAUUACGGAUAUAUUCACGCAGCACAUGGGAUUUACUUUGUGACAGUCGGCGCUGUCGCUGGACAGUUUUAACGCCGUGCUAUUUUCUUCUCGGAGAAAACGUUCAUGGGACUAAAACCUAGAAUCAAAACAUUGUAGUGUUCGUGAAGCUAACAGCGCUAACGUCAGCAUUGCUGACGAACAGUUGUCCAGCUUUGAGGGAGACUUGAAUAUCACUGUCUCGGGUUGGUGUUAAAGCGACGCGUUUGGCUUCUUCGUUCACAGUCUGUUUAACCUUUUUAAGAAAACGUAAAGUCGAGGUGUUUUUUGUCGAUGUAAACAUCCCGCUGUCACUGUAGCUUCCCGGUGUUUUGGUCAUUACUGGAAGUGGGGCCGGUCAGCUUGACAAGUUACCUCCUCAAUGACAUUGAUGGGGUGGAGUUUUUCUUAUUCGCACUAGAAGAACGCUACUCAUCAGUGACAAAGCUGAGGAAGAUGGUGUCAAGGAGUCGGUGGAAAUCUCGACAUAAAGGUGCUGUCGUUUGGCAGCGGUCAGGAGUGGCGUUAUUCCUGUGGUUGUGCGUGGCUCAGAUCGGCUGCAGCAGCGGUGACUUGGCGCAGGCGAAAAAUGUGGUCCAGAGAGACGCCGAGUUUGAUAUCACUUAUAAUGACACGGUUACUAGUGAGAACCAGACCAUCUAUGCUUUCAACCACACUGUCUCCAGGAACAAGACCGAGGGAGUUCGUGUGUCAGUGGACGUGCUGUCUCAGGAAAUGAGGAGCCCCAUCUUGUUUGUGAUCCGACAGAAGCAGGCUGUCCUGUCUUUCCAAGUACCUCUCAUUCUAAGAGGCCUAUACCAAAGGAAGUACCCUUACAAUCAUGUGGGUCGGACCUUGUGUCAGCCUCCAACCAAGGCAGUGGCAGAGACCCAGUACUUCUUCGUGGAUGUGUCCACUCUGUCCAAUGAAGCAACAAACUACAAGCUCCGUGUCAGUCGCGUUGAAAGCUUCACCCUCCAGACAAACAUCAUUUUCAGCUUCACCGCUUCUCCGUCCCAACCACAGUACUUCAAGUAUAAUUUUCCAGAUGGAGUGGACACUGUCAUUGUCAAAGUCAGCUCAGAGAUGAACUUUCCCUGCUCUGUGAUGUCUAUCCAAGAUAUCCAGUGUCCUGUGUAUGACCUGGACAACAAUGUAGCUUUCAUCGGCAUGUACCAAACGAUGACUAAAAAAGGUGCCAUCACUGUGCAGAGGAAAGAUUUUCCCAACAACAGCUUCUAUGUGGUGGUCGUGGUCAAAACCGAGGAUGAAGCAUGCGGAGGUCCGCUACUUUUAUACCCACUGCACCCAGAUGAACUCAUAGAUGCCGGAAAUCGAACCAAAGUCCUUGAUAUUGUGGUCUCUCCUGCGAUCAAGACGGAAAUCUAUGUCAUGGGUAUGCUGUUCUGUUUGGGGAUAUUUCUCUCCUUCUACCUACUCACCUUGCUGGUUGCCUGUGUGGAGAACAAACGGACGAGUAAGAAGAGAGAGGUGUUCGAGAAUCCGCCUGACAUGUCGCCCGCAGAGACAGCCUCCCUGCUCGGGAAAAGUGGAGACGGCAAGACUCCAGCGUCACCGUACGAGUACGGCUCAAUGGCUGACAACUGCAGCACCCUGAGUUCAGAGGCCGUCACAGAAAGCGCCACAUCCACUGACAACAACUAUGGAUACAUAGAACGAUCGCUGGACACCGUGGGCCGCAGCAGACAGGAGUCCCUGAGCUCAGUGGAGGAGGACGACUACGACACUCUGGAUGAUAUUGAAUCAGACAAGAACAUAGUUCGCACCAAAAAAUACCUGUGUGUGUCGGACUUGGCCCGCAAAGACAAGAGAAUCCUCAGCAAGAAAUAUCAGAUCUACUUCUGGAAUAUCUCCACCAUCGCUGUGUUCUACGCUCUGCCGGUCAUCCAGCUGGUCAUCACGUAUCAGACAGUCGUGAACGUCACGGGAAACCAGGAUAUCUGCUACUACAACUUCAUGUGCGCUCACCCUCUGGGAGCUUUGAGUGCAUUCAACAACAUCCUCAGUAACCUGGGUUACGUGAUGUUGGGGCUCCUCUUCCUCCUCAUUGUCCUGAAGAGGGACGUCGUCCACAACCGGGCUCUGUGCCGCAAUGACAUCAACGCACUGGAAUGUGGGAUUCCAAAACACUUUGGUCUGUUCUACGCCAUGGGCACCGCCCUGAUGAUGGAGGGUUUGCUCAGCGCCUGCUACCAUGUGUGUCCCAACUACACCAACUUCCAGUUUGACACGUCGUUCAUGUACAUGAUCGCAGGGCUGUGCAUGUUGAAGUUGUAUCAGAAGAGACACCCAGACAUCAACGCCAGCGCCUACACGGCCUACGCCUGUCUGGCCGCCGUCAUCUUCUUCUCCGUGCUGGGCGUGGUGUUCGGGAAAGGAAACGCAGCCUUCUGGAUCGUUUUCUCGGUCAUCCACAUCCUGGCCACUCUCCUGCUCAGCACUCAGCUCUACUACAUGGGCAGGUGGAGACUGGACUCGGGAGUCUUGCGCCGGAUGAUUAAUAUCAUCUACACGGACUGCAUUCGCCAGUGCAGCGGACCCAUGUAUAUAGACCGGAUGGUUUUGCUGGUGAUGGGAAACAUAGUCAACUGGUCUCUGGCGGCGUACGGCCUCAUCGAGAGGCCCAACGACUUCGCCUCCUACUUGCUGGCCAUCGCCAUCUGUAACCUGCUGCUGUACUUUGCCUUCUACAUCAUCAUGAAGCUGCGGAGCGGAGAGAGGAUCCAGUGUCUGGCGCUGGUGUGCAUCCUCUUCACCGCUGUGGUUUGGGGCUUUGCACUGUACUUCUUCUUCCAAGGCCUCAGCACAUGGCAGAAAACUCCAGCAGAGUCCCGCGAACACAACCGAGACUGUAUUCUACUUUCUUUCUUCGACGACCAUGACAUCUGGCACUUCCUGUCCUCCAUCGCCAUGUUUGGCUCUUUCCUGGUCCUGCUCACCAUGGACGACGACCUCGACAGUGUCCAGAGGGACAAGAUCUACGUCUUUUAGAUGCGUCAUCUGCCUUACAACUUCUCUCUCUGGUGUUCCGUCCUCCCGCCGUGGGGUCAGAGACUUCCCUCCAGUGGCUCCUUAACCACACACACAUGGAGGGGUGGGAAAGGACCCUCGGGACUUGUUUUUUGAAGGACACUUCUGUGUCAAUCACGAGUGAAGCUGAUGGUGAAAUGUGUCGUCCUCUCGCUGCCAUCGUUUUUAACUGUACUGGAUGUGCACCUACUGCUCGCGCUAAAAAUGACCGUUGCAGUCCAUUUUAUAUUGUUUUACUAAUGACGCGUUUUGAUAUGUUUGUACGCCGAGUGUGUUUCUACAGUUGUGUGCGUUUACAUGACAGUGUGCGUCCGUGGCCUUCACUGUUCCAAUAAUCCUGAUAUACUGUGCGACACUCCCUCACAGACAUUGAUGAUUGUACUGUAUUUAACGUUUUUUGCACUGUUGCGAAUGAAAAACAGAUUUAAUGUCAAUAAUCGCGUCACGCGUUUACUGAAUAAAGGUCUCAUUCUCA